AUGGUUGCUCUAUACGCAGCUCUGUACAUAUUCACAUGGACCACGACCUGCAUCCUAGCCUACCGACCAUUAUGGACAUCGCAAUACACAACUCAGUACCUCAAAGAGUACCAAGAGACCACCAAUCGCUCAAGUUCAACGUUUUUCGAUGUACCUAAGACGAUUGCGAAGAACAAGUCCUGGUACCAAGCGAUCAGAGUUCUCCAAUCCAUCGUCGCAGUUUCUACCCUUCCUUUGACGACCGCCGUCAUGUCCGCCGCGGCAGUCAUCUACGUUCAACGAACCAAAAAGGACCUCAGCUUACGCCAGCUCAUAGUCCUCGCAGACAAGAGCUGGUCCGACAUAGUCUUCCUGUCGAAAUGGACGUACAUGGACUUCAGCACCCCCUUUCUCAAGUUCGCCGUGUUCCUAUACGUUCUCGGUGGUCUUCUCUCUCCGUUGCAACAAUACUUCCUGUCGAUCAAGACAAUCAAAGCCUCGUAUUAUCAAGAAGUUGAAGGGUAUGUCACAGAUAUACCAGACCAGUUCAACUGGCGAGACCGAAUGUUGAACGACGACAACUUGGUCGUCCUCAUCACUCGCGGAAUGCUGGAGACAACGAGCCUCAGCCAACCGCAGGCGCAACUUUGGCGAGGCCCCGGUGAAAGUUGUUCUGAUGCGGAGGAUUGGGUCAUUCGAGAGUCAGAGCAGCCGUGCCGCGCAGGGACGACGAUGGAUGAGAUGAUGACAUUGCCGGAUCCGUUUCUCGCGCAGCUGCCCUCUGGCUAUUCAACCGGGCUCAUCAAUCAGUUCAUUCCUCGUAUCAACUCCAGCGCGGAGGUCACGCCCAUCGACGCCAAUGAUUUUCCGAAGUCCUGUCGCACAACGUCUGGCUCUUUUUGGGCCGAGUAUCUCGUUCCGGAUGGCUCAGACGACAAAUACCAGUUUGGUCUCCAGUUGCCGAACUAUUGGAAUGAGACUGCAGGGGAGCUGCUCGAGAAGGAUCCUUUUGGUCCAGGUGGUGCCUGUCAACGAGGUUGCGCGAAGGAUAUCAGGCAUAACCCCUAUGACGAAGAAGACGAUAGGUAUUACUUUCCUCCGGAUAAAGCCCAACGCAUACGGCUGGGACUGGACCCGUGGGAUCCAAAUGCCCUUGAAGGUGUCAUAAAUAAAGGACCUCUUCUAACUAUCGCAUUGGCGCUGUUCGGUCGGAACUCCUUUUUGGAGAGAAGGUUGUCGGACCCCUCCGCAUACACCGACCUUGGAAUGAACGAAACUGCGAAUCCCUACGGCUGUGCCUAUCUCAGCCCGCUCAACCUUCUCUUUUUGAACCCGGCGAUAGGGCGCGGGACAUCGUCCGAGACCAGUCAAAGAUAUUGCAUCUCAAACGCACAAAACGGACAGGAUGAUGAAAACGUAUAUGUGCAGGUAGCCAACUGGGCGACCAGCCUGUUCGGAAAGUACACCAAUACUGAGCGCCUCGGCACCUUGUUCAGGGUGGCUGCCUUCCUGGCAAACCAGGCGUGGCUAGAUCACCAAACCAACGCGCUGAGACACAACUUACAUGUGUACCGUGACUUGGGUAUCGACACGUUGAUUCCGUCCAUAUCCUUGGCUGGGAUUAUCACCAUUAGUAUGCUGCUGAUGGUGUACUUGGUUGCUCUAGCUUGGCUGGCAGCUUAUGCGGCGAGGAGGUCAUCAGUGGUGGACACCAAGCUGGACGCAUGGGCGAUGAUGAAGAUUGGAGCAAGCCAGGCUGAUCGACUGGGCGCUAGCAAGGACCAAAGGGCUGACGACGUGAAGGACUUAGACCAUAUACCAGGAAGGAUCGUAAGCGGCGUGAGGUCAGGAGAUGGGUAA